CCGACUCCACAGACGUAACGUGCACAUCCCCACACUUUAUUCCUUCCUUUUUCUCUCUCACACAGAUCCAAAAACACUCCCAUCUUACAAAUCAAAUUUCACAAUAUUCCCAUUUUUUCCGAUCACCGGAAAAUCACAUUUCUCUCUACCUUUAUUUCCUCCUUGUACGGCGGUCGGUAGUGGAUGGCAAGAACCAAUAAAUAUACCUCCCUUAAUUUCAACGACAUCUACGAGAAAAAAACCAAACCCACUAGUAGACCAAACUCUUCUUCAUCAUCAUCUUCAUCAUCUAAUAAUAAGACUAUUAUUUCUAACUCUCGUAUCCAUGGACAUAUGCUUGUUUUAAGCCGGCCUACACCUAAGCCCAUAUCCGUUCCCCAACCCGAACCCGGCCCGAUCCAUCAACAACAACCUAAUAAGUUACAGAGCCCACUACGGGAUCAAAAAACCCGAGCUGAACCGGAAUCGGAUUCCAUUUCGCUUCGUCCACAGGGCCGUACCGGGUCCGGGUCGGGUCAAGCUAUAGUGUCUUCGUCACCUUUGCAAUCGCCUUUGCAAAAGUCGAGCCGGUUUGUGCCGCCACAUCUUAGACCGGGAUUUGUUGGGCGGGAGGAAAAACCGGUGCCGGGUCAGGGAGUGAGAGGUAGACCGGAGGUUGUUGGGCCUGGGCCUGGGCCUGGGAUACAUCAACAUCAUCAUAAUCAGGGAAAUAGGGAAAAUGGUAGACCCAAAUCGGGAGGUGGGUAUGAAAGGAUGAACAGGGAUUCAGUGAACUUCAUGAAUAGGCCUAGAUCUAGUGGGGCUAGGCCCAGCUCUAGUGGAUGAUGCCAUCAUGAUCUUGAAGGAGCUUAGCUCCCCCCCUUUGCCGAUGAGGAUGGAGAGGUCUUUCUGAGGCAAAUACGCUUGCAAGAUCAGCUGCGGUUGGAUGUUAAUGGUUAUUGAAGUGAUGGAAGUUGGAUUAUGACCAGGUUGCUCCUUUUGUCUGCAGUAACUCCAGUGAGCAAAUAAUGACUUGCUGGUGUUAUCAAGGAUCGAAGCUCGAUCGAAUUGUUUCUUUCAUUUCUGGCCUUCUAAUUUUCUUUUGCUUUCGUCUACCUACUGCUCUCUCAGAAAGAGAUAAGGUUUAGAUGAAAUUUAGUGUCUUCUUGUAUGUUUUACUCUUACGAGUUAUAUUGUGCAACUACCAUAAAGUGGUGUAUUCUGAUGGUUUGCUACCCUGAUCACCAUAUUGUACUUUCAGACUAUAUCUGUAUUACAGUGGAUAUGAAUUUGUUUCUGUUUUCAGAGUU